UCGUGUUUAUGGUCCCGCUUGCCAAUGAGAUAACUCUUUUCCUCUUGUCCCUCCCCUCGCAAAGGGCUUUAAAAGGACCGUUUUGCAUGUUGGUGUGUUCAUUCCGACACCUUCACUUGCACUCUCUGUCAACAUGGACCUUUGCAAAAAUGCAACAGAGCGGCCGGAGCCUCUGAAGGCAGAAGUGAAAGGGAGCAUCCCCUCUUGGUUGCAAGGCACAUUACUGCGCAAUGGCCCCGGGAUCUUCUCGGUGGGCGAUACCAGCUACGACCACUGGUUUGAUGGCAUGUCCAUCAUGCACAGCUUCUCCUUCAAGGAUGGUGAAGUGACCCACCGAAGUCGGUUCCUGAAAAGUGACACCUAUAAAGCCAACAUGGAGUCCAACCGAAUUGUUGUGUCUGAAAUGGGAACAAUGGCUUACCCUGACCCGAGCAAAAACUUCAUUGUCAAGGCAAUCACCUUUCUCAACCACACAGUGCCUGACUUCACUGACAAUGGUGCCAGCAAUUUUAUCCAAUACGGUCAGGAUUAUUUCGCCACCUCAGAAACCAACUACAUUCGCAAAAUUGACCCAGUCACUCUGGAAACUCAGGAUAAGGUGGACUAUAUGAAGUUUGUACCUGUGAACUUGGCGACGUCCCAUCCGCAUUAUGACAAGGAGGGUAACGCCUACAACAUGGGUACUUGUAUCGCGGAAAAGGGCAAGACGAAAUACCUGCUGUUCAAAGUCCCCGCUGUUUCGCAGAAAGACAAAGCCAAAAAAGUCCCCGCUCUGAAGAACGCAGAGGUGAUCUGCUCAGUACCCUGCCGCUCCCUCCUGACGCCGAGUUACUACCACAGCUUCGGCAUGACGGAGAACUACUUUGUCUUCAUCGAGCAGCCCUUCAAAUUGGACAUCCUCAAGAUGGCCACCGCCUACAUGAGGGGAGUCAACUGGGCCAGCUGCCUCAAGUUUUGCCCAGAAGAAAAUGCAAGCACCACCUUUCAUCGAGCACCACCGAACACUUGGAAGUUAAUGAUCCUAAAAAUCCCAUUUUUAUUCUUUCAGACUCUGAUUCACCUGAUAGACCGAAAGACAGGCAAAGUGGUGGAGACCAAGUACUACACUGAAGCUAUGGUCGUCUACCAUCACGUGAAUGCUUUCGAGGUCGACGGCUGCGUCGUAUUUGACGUCAUCGCCUACAAGGACAACGGCCUGUAUGAGAUGUUUUAUGUGAGGAAUCUGAAGGAAACGCCGGGGUAUCGCAACGAAAGCUACUCCAAACCAACUUAUAAGAGAUUUGCGCUUCCCGUUCAAGCAAACAAGGGCGCGGCCAUCGGAGAAAACCUGGUGAAAGUCACAUGCACCACUGCCACGGCGGUGAAAGAGAAAGAAGGCAAACUCAUGUGCCGAGCGGAGGUGCUCUGUGGAGGGAUUGACUUGCCACGAAUUAAUUACGAUUUUAACACCAAGAGACACCGCUUCGUGUAUGGCAAUUGCGUCGAGGAAUCGGCGCUCUCGAAAGAGAUUAUGAAAUUUGACACCGAAAGCAAGCAAAUGUUGACCUGGAGUGAAGACAACUGCUGGCCAUCCGAGGCAGUGUUUGUGCCCAGGCCCAAUGGCGAGUCAGAGGAUGAUGGUGUGGUUUUAUCAUCUGUAAUCAACACCAAUCCGGGCCAGUUGAACUUCAUCUUGGUUCUUGAUGGCAAAACACUCAAGGAAGUAGCUCGGGGUUAUGUGAACACUGAACUCCAUAAGGACAUGCAUGGAUUUUUUAUCCCUCAGGGAAAUUAGUCACUUAUAAUUGAGUAAGCAUCAGUAUACAUUUUAGUAAAGAAAAAUCUUCACUUUGUCAACAUGUAAAGCAUGUAAAUUACAUUCCAGUAUAGACUACCAGACAAAGUGAUGACGAUAUUAUCGAUUGUAUCAACAUAUUAUUUCAUUUCUUACAGUAUUUACAGAGAGCAAUUUUGUCCUGGUGAAAAUGUAUUCUGUGCUAUCCACUUUAUUCUUGUGUAUCUCUUUGAUUUUUGUGCCUCCUGUUUUCAUUGAAAAAAAAACACAUUAAACUUGUACUAGAAUAAAUCCAA